AUGCCGCCGCGCGCGCACGUCCGCGUCGCCGAGCCCGGGGUCGCGUUCACGCCGCCGCCGCCGCCGCCGUGGGCGUCGCCUCACGACGACGAGACCACGGCUCCGACGCCGGCGUUUUACGACGACGCGAGCGGCGUCGUCCUCGUGAAAAACAACCUCGGGCUGCGGUGCCAUCCGCUGCCGCCGCCGCGCUCGAGCUCGAUCGAUUCUCGGUCGUCAUCGUCCGAAUCGCUUCCCGCGGAGGAGCCGUACGACAUCGCGAUCGCGCCCGGGGAGGUGCUCGACGCGCGGUUGUCGCCCGCGCCCGGCGGCGACGCGCGGCGAAUUGGAAACGAUUCGGACGACGACGACGACGACGACGACGACGACGCGCCCGCGCGCGUUCACCCCCCGCGCGUCGUCGCGGUCCAGCGCUCCCCGACGACGAUCGAGAUCGCGCCCGCGAGGAUCGUGGACGCGAGUUACGUCGUCGAGGCGCCGCCGGGACGGACGCACGUCGUGACGCGCGCCGCGGAGAAGGGCGAGACGAUCGUUUCGUUUUUUUGGGUCCGAAACGUACCCGGGGUGGACUUCGUCGUCGUCACCACGCUCGGCGUGGAGCAGCACAAGCUCGUCGCGGACGGCGGCGGCGACCGCGAGUCCGAAUCCGAAUUCGACUUCGGCCCGCGGCUCGUCUUGGUCUCGGAGAAGAAGAAGCCGGGGGGCAGAGUCGCGUGGUGCGUCUAUUCGCGCGCCGCGUCGACGCUCGUCGUCGCCGUCGCCGGCUCGAAAAAAGUCGUCGUCGCCGCGUCGAGGUUCACGUCCGCGGGGGUCGUGAAGCUCCCGAAGUUUGAUCUGCCGCUCGAGGAGGGCGACGCGGACGGCGGUCUUCUCGACGCGCGAUGCGCGCGUUUGGUCGCCGCGCGCGGGCGGCCUUUCCUGUGCGUCGUGGGCGCGGCCGCGGGUCUCGCGCGGGUGUACCGGGUCUUCGCGGACGCGUUCGUUUUGACGGCGACGAUCUCGUUGAAACCGUUCGGUCUCGGGCGUUACGAAGGACAGAGCGCGCGAGCCGACGCCGCGUCCGUCGCCGUGUCCGUGGUGGACGACGCGCUCGUCGUGCACGCGCUCGACGCGGGCGUGAGCGCGGUCUACGACAUCGUCGGCCGCCGCGUCGCCGACGCCGACGCCGCCGCCGCCGCGCCCGCCGCGUUUUCUCUUCCGGCGUCUUGGGAAGUCCCUCGCGGCGAAUCCGCGCCCGUCGACGCCGCGGAAGCGCCGCUCGAGCCGAUCGCGCCGCCGUUACCCCUCGGCGGCGUCGACCGCCAGCUUCGAUGCGACCGCGCGUGGAAGUUCUACGGCGACGACGUCGUGAUGCACCCGAGAGGCGGCCGCGCGUGGCGCGCGCGGCUCGACCUCGCGGCGUUGACGGAUUCGUGCUCGCGGCGGUCCGACGUGGUGGCGUUUUUGCAGUCGCGCGCGGAGGUGUCCGGCGGAUUCCCCGCGGACGGCCCGAAAGCGCUGACGUUGCGCGCGUUGCGGGAGAUGGUGACGGACAGUAGCUUGGAUGUAACGGAAGCGCGACGGGCGUUUAAGAUAACGUGCGACGCGUACGGGGAGGCGGCGCGGCGCGUUUUCGAGCGACGCGGCGCCCGCGGCGGCGACGACGACGACGCGUCGACGUCGACGUCGUUCGCGCUGCCGUCGACCUCGCCCGCGGUGUCCCCGGGUGAGAUGCUGAGCGAGGUUUUCGCGCCGAUGGCGAAGGAAGCGUUGGAAGCCUCGCGCGGCGGGGACGGGGACGGGGACGGGGACGCGAAACGCGCGGAGAGCGGUCAGAGGGCGGCGCUCGCGUUGAGACGAUCCAUCGUGGAUUUUCUUCUCGCGCUCGACGAGUCCGCCGCGCGCGAGGUGGCGGACGCGGACGGGUGCGUCGAGAAGUUAGAGAGGCUGAGGGAGUCGCUGCCGUCGCCGGUGUCCGGCGCGGGCGAGCCGCAUCAGCUCCCGUGGCGAUCGCGCGAGGCGUAG